AUGAUCAAUACCAUCAACAUAGUCUCUCUCAGUUAACUUCUGAAUAAUAUCCAUUUGUCAUAAUCUCACAUUGAUGAAGCAGCCCGCUUCUACAUUAGACAUAGCAAUGAUCAAAACUCUUAAUAAUCUCUUUGCGAAGAGUGGUGCAACCAUUUUCACUUUGCUAAAGGAAAUGUAGACGGAGAUAAAGUUAUCGUAUCCCUACUCUAUAUGGCUCAAAGAGUUGUGGAAUCCGUCAUCAGAUUCCAAGGAUCAUACACUUCAAUGAGUGAUGCAUUAAAAAAAUAAAUGAUCAAAGCCUUUGGUUUACUCUAAGAUUACUAUUGGACCCAAGAAUUAAAAUCGUAAGUCAAGGACUUAAUAAAAUAAUGGGAUGAAAAACAAUUAUUCACAAAACCAGAAGUCUAAAGCAUGCUUGAAACUAUCGAACCAUCCAAAACACACAAAGAGAAAUUCAAAAAUCAGUUUGCCCCAUCUCUGUUCCUUGUCAAUUUUGCUAAAAACUAUAAGGAAUUAUAAAUUCGAUUGUAAUAAACUAAUGAAUACCAAUAAAGACUUGAUGAACUUAUUAAUUGUGGAGCUUAAGACAAAAUGAAUUUGUAUGAUUCUUUACUAGAUCAAUAUUCCAAAUCAGUUGAAAAUGUUCUAAAAUAUAGAAAACUAGUAAUCAAGGAUAUUCUAGAUAAAUUAAAAGACUUAGAUAAAACCCAUUCAAAAAGUCUAAUUGAUAUGAAAUAUCUUGUGUUAAGAAUCUAGGAUUUGAAGACUAGAAAGGAGAAGAGAAUUCAAAAUGAAUACUAUAGUGAAUGAAUCAAAGAAUUUAAUAAUUUAACUACAA